GUGAUUAUGGCAAUGGCACCGGUGCCCGCUCACCGCCACCGGGCUCCUACUACAUGGAGGAUGUGCCGCAGCACUUCUACAAGUGGAGCUCACCGCCCGGCGUGGUGCGGAUCCUGGAGGCCAUAAUCAUCCUGCUCUGCAUCGCCAUCUUUGCCUGUGUGGCCUCCACCUUGGCCUGGGAGUACGGCUACGGCUAUGGGGGGCUCUAUGGCAAUGGCUUGGGGGGCUUCUAUGGCUCCGGCUACUAUGGCAGUGGUGGCUACGGGAGCUACUACGGUGGCGUCACCAACCCGCGGACAGCCAACGGCUUCAUGAUCGCCAUGGCCGUGCUGUGCUUCCUGGCACAGCUGGGGCUCUUUGUGACCAGCGUCAGCAAAUCCCGCAGCUCCCGCUCCCGCCGCUUCUACCUGGUGGUGAUCGUGGCCUGCGCCGUGUUGGCCUUCCUCAUGCUCAUUGCCUCCAUCAUCUAUGUCGUCGGCGUCAACCCCCAGGCGCAGAUGACCGGCAGCUACUACUACAAUCCCUUGCUGACCAUGUGCAACCAGAUCUACAGCAGCGGCACCUACCUGAACCAGUACCUCUACCACUACUGCACCGUGGACCCCCAGGAGGCCGUGGCCAUCGUUUGUGGGUUCCUCAUUGUCAUCCUGCUCUGUCUCAUCUGCUUCUUCGCCCACAAGACACGGAGCAAGAUCUGGAAGUAUGGGAAGCAAAACAUCUACUGGGACAAGGUGCCAGUGGUCCCAGAGGGUCCCAACGUGGAGGAGUGGGUGAAGAAUGUGGCAGAUGGGACCAGUGUGCAGGAC